GUUUUGACGUGCAAAGAGGAGUGCAGGGACGGAAGUGAGAUUGAUAUCAACAACCUGAGUUGCAAGUUGGGUAAAACUUUACUAGACCUGAAACCGAAACCUUUUUUAAGCUGUUGCGUGAGAUGCAAAUGUCGUAAUGUAAGGUGUUUCGAAAUGGUUGGCGUAUUUUCAUGCGCGUCGUGGAAGUGGGGCGUUUUUCUACUUAAACUCGGGGGCUAGUUCAGCCCUGUGGAGCAGCUAGGUGCGCUAACUUUUUGUCAGCUGACUUCUGUGAAUUUUUUUUGUUAGCUGCGGUGCACAGACAGUAGUCUACUAUGCACAAGUGUAGCUCUGUGUUCAUUUUUACCAAGGUUGCAGGUGUAGCUGGAUUAUCUGAUCGUUGUCGUUGACACGUCCAGGUAGAUUUUAUGCUGCGCCGACAGUGCGUUGCAGUGUGCCAUGGUGCUGCAGCUGCUCCCACCUGUCAUCUAGCUGGCUCCUCUCCUCCUCCUCUAACCCGUCUGCCGUUAACCCAUGGCUCACUGCGGAUCCUCCGAGCCGAGCACUAAGGUGCAAGCUCCGCGUCCUGACAGCAUCGUGCCGCCGCAGGGCAGCGUGGACCAGAGCAUGAAACCGGUCCUCUUCGAGAUCUUCGGCGAGAUUUGGACCGUCCAGUCGCGGCUCGGUCAGGGAGUCUCGGCCUCGGUGUACCGGGUCAGCUCAGGCAGGGCCACCACCGCAGCUGUGAAGGAGUUUCAGGCCGACACUCAGGGAGGAGACUACGGGUAUCACAAGGAGAGGUCCGUGCUGGAAGACAUCCAGGGACAUAAAAACAUAGGUAACAACUUUUUUCCACACAACGUUUAGCCUCUGAAUUACUAUGAUCUAUUUCCAAACCGUGUUUAUGAUAAUCUAUGUAAUGUGAUUUUGCUCUGUAAAGCACUUAUUGUUUCGUAUUGAGUUGUGUUAAUGUGAUUCAUACAGAUAAACUGCGUUAUAACUCAGAGGAUCAAAUAAUGCUGACUGUAUUUCUCUCCUCAGUGACACUGUAUGGGGUGUUCACCAGCCACAGCUGCAUGGGUGUUGCCACUCGGUGUCUUCUGCUGGAGCUCCUUGAUGUCAGUGUUUCAGAGCUGUUGGUGAGGGGCAGCAGUGGCACUCAGAGUAGUAGGUAUGUGAAGAUGUCACAAUGAAUUUAUCAAGUCUCAGGGAAGUAUUUCUGUUAUUCACUUUACCUUGUGAGGUUGGUCUGAAUGACAAAAUGUUAAUGUUAUGUACAUUUUUUGACAAGGUACUAUACCGCUAUAUUGUAGAAUUAAAGGGAAUAGUGCACACUGACCCAUGUCACUGUAUUUUUUUACCAUUAAAAAAAAUAUACAUCCGAUCAUGGGCGAUAUUCUUAACACAUAUUAGUGGUUAGGCAUGCUGUAUAGGCUGCUGCCUGCUUACAGGGUCAGAAAAUACUGAUGCAACCCUGCCUUGUGUCUGUCUCUGCUGUCAUCUCCCACGAUUGCUCUUGAGCUUUAAGCACAUGUGGUUAAGUAUCAAACUAGUACCGCCCACGCCUAUUAAACUGGUGAAUGAGUAUUUACACAUGUACACUAGAAGUAAUUAGACCAUCUUAUAGUAAUUGCACAAUAGCAAUUGUAUGGCCAUCACAAAAAGAAGAACAAGUCAAUGCAUGCAAAAUUCUAAAUAUCAGCAGUAGCAGAUUUUAUACAUUCAGUGGAUUUUGAAUUUCUGUUUUAUUCAAAUUGAGAUGUUUUGUUGUUGUUGUUGUUGUUGUUGUUGUUGCAGAACCCCACAGGGUCACUCAAUGUGGCUUGUCCAACACUGUGCCAGAGACAUCCUGGAGGCUCUUGCCUUCCUCCACAGGGAAGGCUAUGUCCACGCUGACCUUAAGCCACGCAACAUCCUCUGGAGCGCUGAUGACGAGUGUUUCAAACUCAUCGACUUUGGCCUCAGCUUCAAAGAGGGAAACCAGGUAGGCAUGUCUGAGAAUUUGAAGACACAUCAAAGAGGAGAUUGUUUGGUUCGGUUUUUGUUCUCAGUCUCUCCUUUCCUCAACGACUCAAGGAUGUGAAGUACAUUCAGACUGAUGGGUACCGAGCUCCAGAGGCUGAGCUUCAGAACAGCCUCGCUCAGGCCGGGGUGGAGAUGGAGGGGGAUUCAGGCUGCACGUCUGCAGUUGACAUGUGGAGCCUUGGUAUCAUUCUGCUGGAGAUGUUCUCAGGAAUCAAACUCAAAGACACUGUCCGCUCAAAGGAGUGGAAGGUAUGACAGACUCCUAAAGAUGGAUGAGUGAUGUUGAUUGAACAGAACCAGAUAGACAGUGUGUAGCUAACUGAAAUUAGCACUGAAGGUCUAUUGUGGAAGUGAGCAGUUUUCUUUAAAAAUCAAACUCAGAUAGAUUCAGUGACUCCAGGGCCUGGUUUUUCAAAAGGUGUAAUCCGAAUAAAAUUGAUCCGGAUUUAGUAAUCCUUUUUUUUGCUGUCUAUGAUCACGUAAUCCAUCUUACUUUUGAGACGGUUUUUCAAAGCAACAUCAGAUCGGAUCAAUCUGAUCAGAUAGAAACUUUUCAGGAUCACCAAAUCUGGAAAAUCAACAAUGUAGAACUAUAGAUAUGUAAAGAACAACAAAUAGAAUAGCCAGUGUGGGGUCAAUACAAGUUUAUUUUUAUUUGAAAUGAAAACAUACACAAAAACACCCUCUUCCGGCAGUCUGCUCAUUUGAGACCUACAUCAAAUAAAUAAAAACGUUACUCACAAACACUGUAUAUUGAGGAUUUUUAGAACAAGUUUCCAAUAUAGAUGUAUUCAAUUCAAUAAAAAGGCUUAAUGUCAAAUACUCAACAAUAAUUUUAGAGUUUUCCAUCUGAUGUGGAGAGACCAGCUUGUCUGAGCUCGGCCUUUAGGAAGAGGCCUUGUAAUCAUCAUUUGGAUUUAAAAAACCAGUGAUGCCAUUGCCAUUGCUUUGUUAUUCUGUUUUAUCAUUGCAUGCAUCACUAAAAAAUAAUCUUUGAUUGUGAUGAAUACACAUUAAUUUGUGACAGAAUUAAAUAUAUUACUUGUGGUCAAUAUUGACAGCUGUUUGGGGGAUUAUCUUAUGAGGCCAAACUCUUUCUACUUUGCUGUAGGCCUAUACUGAAAGACUGAAUGCGUUAUAGCCUACCUAAUCACUGUAGCCUGAAAUUCAAACCUUAUGAAUAAAGCCUAUACUGCAUGAUCCAAAUGUAGUAUUAUUUGAUACAAUUUUAAAGUUUCAUUACAUUUUGGGCCUGAAAUCCACAAUGAAUCCACCCUUCUGAUGGGAUCCGUUUAAUCCAGAUUUUUAUUGGAUCAAAGUGAUCCCAAUCCUACUACAAAGUUCUAAAAAACCCAAACUAAAGGUUUGAUCCGGAUGGAUUACGUGAUCUAAUCGGUAUGAUAUGAAUCGGUAUGAUCUAAACCGAUUAUGUAAUCCGUUUUUUCUUUUGAAAAACCCAUUUUCAAGAUUCCAUCCGAUCAAACCUUACAAAAUACAAAAUCCGAGUGGAUUACUUUUGAAAAACUGGGCCCAAAGGAACAAACGCACUGCUGCUACCUCCCAGGGAAGCAUGUUUGUCCUCUGAUCCUUUCUUCAAGGCCAUUACACUACAACUCCCUCACAAGAGAAGGGUGUAGGGUCAUGAGGGGGAUCAUGGACAGCCUAAGCCUAUAAAAACUUGAAUUAGAUUUUACACUGGCACACUUAAUCGUCACUCAGAAUACACUGUUCACCCUGAGAGAACUUUUGCCUCUUAAGUCAUUUUAUAGCCUUUUGUAACACUGCAUUUAGUAUUUUUAUUUUACAUUUAAUUGCACUUUUUGUCUUUGGGAAUUUUUUUUUUUAUAUUUCAGUUUUAUUUCAGUUUCUGCCAGAUGUUGGUCUUAUUGUUUCAUCAUUUUGCCUUUUGUUAUUAGUAAAAAUGAGCACACCUGAAGUGUGAAUUCCCCUCAGGAUAAAUAGUGUUGAAAUGUCUUCAACUAUUAAAUUCGCUUUUGUAAAAAAAAUAAUAAACACUGACCUCUUGAACACGAUUUCCCUCUUUUUUUAGGAUAACUCUGCUGCCAUUGUCGACCAUAUUUUUGCCAGCAACAAUCUGGCGUGCCCUGCCAUCCCAGUGUAUCACCUCAGAGACCUUAUCAAAAGGUACAGUGUUACACACAGAGCUGUGAAAUUAGUAACAUUUAUUCUGGUUUGGUUUGACCACAUAUCUUUGAAUUGUUAUAUUGUAUAUUGACCCUGAGCUACAAUGGGCUUUUCUCACUCUGUGUGUGCAGCAUGCUCCACAAUGACCCCAAGCAGAGAUGCACAGCUGAAACUGCCCUCCUGAGCCCAUUCUUCAGUAUCCCCUUUGGUAAGUGCUGUUGACAGCCACUAAGAUUUGCAUACCUCUCAAUGCACCACAUUCAUCUUUUUUUCCUGCGUGUCAGCUCCUCACAUUGAGGACCUGGUUCUGCUGCCCUCUCCCGUCCUGCGCCUGCUCAACUUGAUUGAUGACAGCCACUUGCACAACGAAGAAGAGUACGAUGGUACCUGUCCAUAAUUGUUAUUUUUUUAUGUCUCAGAGUUAGUCAGUGUUCAAAGGCUGGAGUAAGUUGCAAGCCUGAUUAUCUCAUGUCACUAUUUUGUGCAGACAUCUUGGAGGACAUGAAAGAGGAGUGCCAGAAGUAUGGCUCAGUGGUUUCUCUGCUCAUCCCAAAGGAAAAUCCGGGGAAAGGACAGGUGAGACUUCAUCCUCAAGCAAGGAGUCUUUUUGAAUUUUAAAAGUCAACCUAGGGUAACAGAUUUGCUCCCACAAGCUAAUAUUUAGUAUUUUUGUAUUUAAAAUGACUUGUUAUAAAAAUAAAUUGAGGUUUCAAUGCUUAAAAGUGCUUUCAUAGUGUCUGUGAGCACUUUACAUAAAAUGUAUUUUGCCAAUAGGACAUUUUCCCUCAACUCUAUUAGACACUCAUUGAUUAUUUACUGAGCAUCUGUCCUCAUGUACUCUGUCUCUCCAUCAGGUUUUUGUUGAAUAUGCCAACUCCAGUGACUCCAAAGAAGCUCAGAGGCUGCUGACAGGCCGCACCUUUGAUGGAAAGUUUGUUGUGGCCACCUUCUAUCCUCUGAGUGCCUAUAAACGAGGUUAUCUGUACCAGACUGUGCAGUAAAGACCUAAAGCUCAAUUUAUACCUCUGCACUGUUCACAUUAAAAACAAACACACAAUUGCACAGGGCACCACUACUAAGAAGUCAUUUUCUUCCUGUAGAAAUGCAGUUUGAUUUACAACUAUUUAUGAGUGUAGUUAAAAGCUCUGCAUGUGAUCGUUGUGGUUACUCACAGUGAAAAAAGUGUUAAAUACAGAGUGUAAAUUGUAGGCUUAAAUUUGCGCUUUCUCCAGUCAGUGCAUUACGCGUAUUAAUGCACAACUGUGAAUGCUUACUGAAUACCUGCACCUUUAACAUUUAAUAUCUCUGGACCAGAGGUCUGUAAUCUGUGUUCAGCAGUUUCCAUUGUAGCUCCAUUUCACUGGCAUUCAUUCAUAGUUAAUCAUGCUGUGUAAUGACAUCUCACAAGGUUGCAGGAGCAAAAACUCUUAAGGUAAUAGUGAACAGCAUGAAACUCUGUGCUGCACAGCUAGUCUUUAUAGUCUUUAUAAAUUAUUGGUGAAACACUUAAAAUCAUCAACUGAGUCAGGGAUUGGAUAACUAACAUGUAGCAGGAUUACAAUGAAUGAAUGGGAGAAAAUCUGUGUUAGCUAAAGGCGUUCUUCGGUGAAAAAUAGGCCUAGCCUUGAGUAAUGAGCGCUAUUAUUGUGUCGUUUUUGCUUAUUUAUAAUUAUAUAAUUAUUUUUUUCCCUGUGGAUUUUUUGAAAAUAAACAGGAUGGUACAGUAGGACCUGCAGAUAUCCUCUGCUGGUUCUUCAGGCAGGUUUCAGAAAGGUACGAUUUGGAGUCACUCCACUAUCGGCUGGUAGCUUACCCUCCCUCCCUCACUCUUUACCAUGAGCACAGCCAAGGGCUCCAGGUGCCCUGCCCUAGCCUUAAGUUCUGUAGCUUGUUAUUUAUAAAAGUCUACACUCUAUGAGAGGAUUCUCAUUACGAGUUUUCUGUGCUCCUCCUGUACAGUUUCAGUUUGGUGUUUGACAGCAACACUAAACACUAAAAUGUUAAACAGUUAAAAAUGUUCCAUGAUAUAUGCACUGGUAAAGUCUGAACUGCCCUCUUUCAAAUAGAAGAAAUAGUUUAUGAGCAAAAGUGGGAGUAGUGUUAACACCAAUAGAAAAUGUCUUACUCUUUCAAUCAAAGUGUGCAUUUGUUUUACCCUGUGAGAAAUGUGAAUAAGGGUUCAGAACAGUGCACCUCUGCUCCAUUGUUUGCUCAACUAUUACUCUCAUGCAAAGAGAAAUUGAAAGCCACUAUAAGUAACACAUUUGUGGUAUCUGCAAAUGUGUCUAACAGCUCAGGUUGUUGUUUGUCCUGGUCUAAGCUGGUGCAGUCUGUGUGUUAGUUAGGUUCAUAGUUGGACUUUGAAAAAGCUGCCUAUAGCAGGGUGAAAGAUAUUUAAGUACUAAUGUUAGUUAAAGAGAAACUAUGCAGCAGCUACUGUACCAAGCAGAAGAAAGAAAUGACGUUCAAUCUUCCAGUGCUUUAACUGACAGCUUCUUAGAUUGCUAUUGAAACUCUUCUAGGUGCAUUAAAGUAUAUUGAUUUGAAUGAAUUACUCAUUUUAAAUUGUGCAUCCUCAAAAUGAACAAGUCCUAUAGCUUUGUUACAUUUGCUCUUGAGUGACUAUCAAACACUGUUACUGUGUAGAGUCUAGAGAGAGACAUGUUUCUAGUGGAUAGUACCUUGAGAGAUGUGUUUCUUUUUGUUGUUGUUAUUGUUUCUUUAAGAUGAUGUUUUGGGGCAUUUUGCCUGUUUUGAUAGAGACAGCUGCAGAGAGAUGAGGACUGUGAGAGACAAAAAAACAGGGUGAUAUGCAGCAUUGUGCCUGGGUUGGGACUGUUUCUGGGCUGCUGUGAUAAGGAAUCAGCUGUAAUAAAGGGCACUUUGCUAUAUGAGUUAUUGAGACAUCACACUGGUGUGUUAUUCAGACCUGGAGACCACCACAAGUCUAGCUUCCAGUGUUUGUCAAUAAGUACAUGUUAUACAAAAAUCUCCCUUUGACCUUGAAGCAUUUCCUGAGCCGAGAGCUCCAUUGUCAAAUAUGUUUAUUAUUCAAAAGGAUAGCUUUAACUGCUCAAACAUGACUAUGAUUUGUUGAAAUCUGUGACACUAUUACAGUGUUAACUCUGAAGACAGACUUGUCAGAGGGAGACUUUAUGAAGUCUGAUGUUAGUACUUUUCUGAAAAGACAUGAAUCCUGUUUUGGCGAUUGAGAAAUAAAUUACUGCAUUUUAAGUUGAAUACCCGCUGGUAUCAGCAGUAUUGAUGAUAGAUUUAUGCUCAUAACAGCUCAAAUUACAAAGCCCACUAAGUCAUGAUUCUACACCAAUAAGCCGAGUUGAUAUUGCAGGGAAAACAUUGUGUACUUAGUGCCCACCCUCAUAAACCAAUAAAGAUAGGGCACUUGAGUAGAAACCGCCUUAAGACAUUGGAAAUAGCUAACUAACCAGAAUGAUGCUAUAUAGAAACAGGUUGUGCUUCACUCACACUUGUUGCUUCCUUAUAGUAUGUAGCCCAAACCAUUGGAGAUGCCUUAGAGAAUAUUUCCCUUCCAGCAGAUGGAGGUCUGUCCACAGCAGGUUUCUGCUUGAGCCUCUUUUGAAGGUUUAAUUCCACAAUUUUUACUAAGUUAUGGUGAAAGAACCAUUUCUCUUUACUAACUUGUGGUACAGCUGAAAGCCACAAUAGCUGAACCAGAAAACAGUAAACUGACAGCAUUAGCCAAAGAUUGAAUUACUAAAUCCUACAAAUGCUACUUAACAUGUAACGCUAAAUAAAUGCGAAGUCUGCAAAAAGUUAAAGUUUAAUUACAUCAUAUGACUAAGUUAGACUGUUGCAGCAAAAUCACUGGUUUACCAAAGUAAGCUUCUUUAAUUUUACUAUUAAUGAUCAAAUCAACAUUAUUCAGGCUCAUUUCUCUGCUUUCAAAUCUGCUGCGUGAUCAGCUCUAGCUUGUUUAGUCAUGUUUAAAGCACAAAUAUGUAGUCUGACUCAGUUAUUAGGUGGUUAUUUGGAUCUGAGUCAGACUGACAAAUGUGAAAUUGUGGAAAUGUUUGAAGCUCAUGGACAUGUAUGGAGUCCAGUUUUGUAUAAUAAUGUGCCUCUUAGUCUUUAAAUUCAAAACGUGUUUGAAUUCAUCCUUCAAUGGAUGGGAAGCUGCCGUUUUCCCUCCUCUUAAAAAUUCAACAUAUUUUUCUAUUAAAUUCAUGUGUUUGUGCCUGAAAUGUGAAUUUUAAAGGAUCCACUACUGAGGGCAUAUGGCCUGAAAAUCUUACAGCAUGUGGAACUGGCAGUCUGUGGUACGUGUGUGUGUGUGUGUUUGUUCAGGGUUGUUUGUUGCCAGGGGUCCUUAAAAACAUGUUUUCUUCCACAGUCAAGGGCCUGGUGCAGAAAAGAGAUUGUGAAUAAUGUCCAGACAUCCUUUCAAGGCACUGGAAGCUGAAUGCUAAAAUAGAUCAAGGAUGUACAGUGUGUUGAAUUAGCCUUCAUUUCGGAGAGUUUGGGCAUUUUGAAAAAGAGCCCCCCGAGUUGUUGAUCGAUGUGCAUGGUGGAUAAGGAUGUAUGAGUCGUGCUGUUUACAGUUGUACUGAUGUUGAGAUGUUGCUCUGUCAGUGAGCAUGUGCAGAGUCUGUCUUGAGUAAAUGUAGAGUCACAGAACUUGGGGAUUCUUCUGGGGACUUUUUUUUUGUCUUUGUGACCCAGCCACUUUGACUUAAUAGGAUGAAAACCAGUGCGAUUAUAAAAAGAAGUAUAUUAGCUUCCUAAUACAUAUAGUACAAUUUAAUUAAAUUAAACUGGAAGCUGCAAACCUAUUUUAAACCUGUAAAACUUUUUUCUUAAUUUUUUAUUUUUUAUUUUUAUCAGUUGACCGGGUAAGUGGUGGAGUUUCAGACCUUUAGCUACCUUGCAAACAGCUUCAGGACAUCCACCUGUCAGUCAGAUCAGACAUGCCCAAGUUUCACCCACCUAUGAAUAAGCAAUAAAAUUGAUCAGUUAUAAAAACUCGCUCGUAUUUCAGAAUGAACUUUUAAUGAGGGCUCCAAUCAGUCUCUUUGGCUUUUAGAGACAGCCUCAAGUGGACACUUAAGAAACUGCAUUCUUCAUGCACCUCCAUGUUGUCCUCAGGUUUUGACACAGGAGCUGUCCCCUCAGAAGUAGAUAUUGUAUGCACCCAAAGUUUUGGAAUGAGGGGCCAGUCCGAGGACCUUAAAACACCCUUUUUUUCUGGAGGACUAGAGGAUUACAGUGACUGGAGAGUCUUGGUUGGUGGUAACAUGAAAUCCUUUUCCUCUGCCAAACUGAUUUGGAGAGAGUAUAGAACACCUGUAAGUGUCUUAAUUACUUGUUGUCUAGCCCCAAUGACCCAUUUUUGGGUUCACUUUAUAGUGAACCCAUUAUGAUAAAUGAAAUUUACUGAAAGAUCAUGUCGUCUUUCUUUACCAGCAGGUCUGACUCUGCUCAGUUCAGAUUUGUUUCACCAGAGAGACAGUGCCUCUUUUAGCAGUGACUCAAAUACAAACGUAUUGAAUUAAAAUUGUGAAACUAAGACAUUUGCUGAAUUUGAGUCUUUAUUAGGGUGUGAGCUCUGAUGAGUUAAGAUGAAUCUCAAUAGAAAUAAGAAUGUGUUUAAGCAGCUUUUAUUGUGUAAUAAUAUGGCCAACUCUUUUUUUUUCUUAUCCUUCAUAUUUUUACUUUAAUUAGUUUAGUAGUUUUUCUCUUGCUUUUGGUGAUGAGGGCAUCUUAGCGUUUGUUUCAAAUCCAGUGUGUGUCAUGUACAUGAAAAUAAAGGAUUUCUACCAUCUGAAGCUGUGUACACACACCAAACACCUUAAUGAUAUGCUUUGUUUUUAAGGCUUUUAUGCCUGCAGUAGACUGCGUGGUACAUGCAGCACAGGGCUGCAAGUCACAGUCAGGUUCAGAUCACCUACUUUGAGGACUGGGGGUGCACUGGGUUCAAAUGCCUGCCUCAAAAUGGUCAAUCUCUAAAUGAAAGGCCAAAAAUACGCUUCAGACUGUAAAUUUAGUCCCUACCUCAUUGUACUCUUAGUUUUUGCGUCACAUCAUCCAAUUGGGGUCAUAAUCACAGUUCGAGGCAAUGCAUUUGUCCUAGUCUAGUUUAAGACUGUCUCUGAUAAACAAAGGAAAACAGUGAGCCUAAAUUCAGUCAGCUAAGAACUCUUGUUGACUUACCAAUCAAAAGAUCAACUACACUUUCACUAGUAGUGCAAACCUCUUGACUUAGUUAAGUUAACAUAAGGAAGUAAUACCAGGUUAUUUUAUCUUAUAAAGUAUGCUAAACUGAUUAAAGCUCCAUUGAGAAUCUGUCUUCUAGCUGAUGUUUUUUUUUGUUUGUUUGUUUUGAUUUGGCCCACAAAGAGCUGUAAGCAUUAUUUUCAGCCUGUUUCAUCACCAGCCAGAAAACUCCUCACAGAAACUUUAAACCUCUUUGUUGAUGUUGAACUUUGACACCAGUUGGAUUGGUCACAGUUUGUUAUUGAGGCACAUUAGUCUUUGGCAGUGCCGGUUUGUGAAGUGGGCUUUCACAUGCGUUGUUUUAGUGCAUGCUGGCGUAAGAACUGCUCAGAGCAGCAUUUGACAGUGUUGUAGUAUUUAGUAUGUUGCAGUAAACUACAGGGAGCUCAGACAUUGUUGGUCGUCGGCCGACAGAAAUAGAUGCAUUUAAGAGCUUUCUCAUACUCCUGGGGCUCCUGUUAGAAUCAGUGUGGACAUCUGUGUGUCUCAAUUUGAUUUCCAUCCAGGUGGCAUGAGUCACUCCUGAGCUAUAUUUAUUCUCUGUCUUUACUGCAGACACAUGCUGGGAUCUCCACUUAGAAUCCCAGCUUCUCAGGUAGAGGUGUUCAAAUUUGUCCUCUCCAAAGAUGAUUCUGACACCUGAAUUUGAGUACUGACCAAUUACAAGCAUUCUUCUACUCCAGCAGGAUUUACAGACUUACAUUGUGGAUGUAAAACACCUACGUUUUUCCACGUUUAUAUCUUUGACAAACCUCAGACUCUCUUUAUUGUAAGAAUGACAUUAAAUUGGCCCUUGACACGAUGAUGUCAGGGGGGUCUGAUAAUUUAUUAUGUUGAAUCAGUGCACUUAACUGAUUACUGAUAUUCAAUGCAGGCAUGAUUUGAACCUGUCUUUCUAAUUCUUGGGUUCAAUUCUUCCUUUUCUGUUUCUGUUUCUUUUUGGUGCACUGACAGAGAUUCAGGUCUGGGCUCUCAUGUCACAGCACCCGACCGUAGUUUUUGACUUUGAUCAGUUCUCGGCACAUUUUGCAUUGUUUUGUUUAGAUGCCUGGACAAGAUGUGUGUGUGUGUGUGUGUGUGCUUGUGUAGGGUUUGAUAAACAUUAAUGGGCUGUCAACAGAGGCAGUGUUAGUUUUAAGAGCUGCCGACCUGAGUACAUGGUAGUGUGUGUGAGACAGAUAUGCAUCACUGUGUGCCUAGAGUAUGUCCCUCCAUUAGUAUGUGUGUGCAUCAUAACUUGGGUGUUUUUGCCUACUUGCUUCUAAGGGCAAUCUCAAAUCACAUAUAAUCACCUUCAUUUUGAAACUAAAGAAUGAAUAUGCAAGACUGCAGCCGGCUACUCAUACUGUGACAUUUGAAAUAUCCAUUCCUCUUAACAAAGCACACAUUAUUCACAGUGAAUAUAGACAAACUGAACAAAACGGUAAAAAAGGUGAAGUUCAGUGGAGUAUAGAAAAGAUUGAGUGAUGGCAAAAUGAAAGUAAGGCUGACUUCAAGACAGAUAUAAAAGACAGUAGACAAAGGCUGAAGGAGACAGGAAUAUGAUGUUAGUUAUAAAGUGAACAUGUUGAUCUGUUUUUGAGUUCAUCUGGCAGUAAAUGGGAUGCUCAUUGACAAAUCUUUACAUUAGAAACAGCAGAACUGUGUUUCUGUUUGAGGAACAAGGGUCAUUUUUCUUGUAAUUGAAAAUGAAAGGUGCAACAAUUAACUGGAAUGUGGGUGUAAAAACCAACCUUGAUUGAGUUGGGUGAAAACUCAUCUACAAAUUUGAUCCUACACAUUGUCAUUUCUUAUAAUUAACUUUUGAAAAAAAAAAGAAUCAACGCAGCUUUGGAACAGUAUUUGUAAGAGAUGAGAUCUGACCCAUCUGCCCCAAACUGGAGAACCUGUUUCCUGAGUGGGUCUUAUUAUAGAUGUGAAGCUGCAAAGCCAUGAUGGUUUAAAAAUACCAAAUCUGAGAUGAAGUGUGACAAAACUAAACCAAAGUAGAAGAGACAACUUGCACAAUUAUUUGCAUUCAGAUUCUAAACAAGUGUAAAAAACGACAAAUCUAAAUUGCGAUAUUGAAUUGUUAUUGAAGACAAUCAUGACUUGUUUUUGCCUUUCUGAGUUCAGGUUUUUUUAUUAUUAUUUAAACAGUUUGAGAAGUAGUUUGUUGAAUGUGAUGCAAAAGUUGUAUUUGAACAGUAAAUAAAAUGCCAGGAUGUUCCAGCUCAACAAUUGGUGUUGAAUCAGUGGGUUCUAUGUAAGAAGUCAUGCUGAAAAAUGUAUCUUUAUCAGUGAGACAUUGGAUUAGAAAAGUUGAUGUUGAUCCUCUUGGCAAUCCAUCUUCUGAAGAGGUCCUGCUUUGGAAAUGAUCCACUGGACUGAGCAGAAAAUACUUGUUACUUAAUGUUUCUAAAUGUCUGCUCAAAGGAAGCACAAUGUGAGGAGGUUGCUGUAUGUACGACAAGCAACAUGUAUGAAACUGUGUAUGUUUCCUCCACAGGAGUGAAUCACAGCAUGCAUGCUGAUGUGUUUGAGUAUGUCGGAAUAAAAUGAUGCUUGACUUCAACUCGUAUUUGACCGUCUCUUUUUUGUCUUAACAAAUGACUGUCAUGCUGGAUUGAGGUGUUUAUGUCAUUAUUCUAAAACAUCAUGUAAAAGAGAGAGACAAAAAGAAUCUAUACAUGUGACAUGAGCAGUGUAGGACUGUUCAGACCUCCAAAAAUUUCCCAAAACACACUGAGUUCUGUGUGUGUUAAUGUUGAGGCCAAACUAAAUAUGCUGCCACCAGUCCUUUUAGCCUUAGUCUGGGUUUGAAUUUGAUGCAGUACAUGUUUUUCAUUUCUGAAUGCUCACUGACUAAAAAAAAAAAAGAUGUUUGAAGACCUCAUGUGGCUUCAUUUGGAACAACAAUCACCGGUUCUUUCACACACACACACACACACACACACACACACACACACACACACACACACCCCUAAUGUUGACACCAUUUGAGUAUCAGGCAUAAUCGUCAUCUGUUGAAAUUGCUCCUGGUUUAAAAUUGUUCAGGAAGUCCUUAAUUGAAAAACAAAAAGACAGGCCAGGAUACCUCAAUUGAUAAAGCUGAGACGAUUUUCUGUGAUAUUACUCUAGAUCACUAAAUGAUCACAGGCUAUCUUUCCUCAAGUAAUGACGCUCAAAGCACACGUGCAUCCUUAUAUAUUUUUCAUGAUAGCUUUGUUUUUCAUCUACUGAGGCCAUUUACAAAUGGUAGUUAUAGUGUGGUUGUCUUGCUGAAUCCAGAAGGAUUCUCUCAGUAAGAGCCUUUUGAACCUGUCUCCACCUCUUACUGAGUUUGCAUGUGUUUCAGUUUGCUGUGACCAGUGUCUUUGUAAUGCAAGGCCAUUAACUCCUGUGGGCAGCCUGCCCUUUCAGCACGUUUAUGUUUUAUUCUGCUUAUGUCAAACAACCACAAAGACUCUCAAGCUGGUAAUUCACAAACAAUGCAUUGCAGUUUGUAAAAGAUUUAAUGUUAAACUAACGACAUGAAGAUAAAUUAGUAAACUAGCCAGUAUUCAUCAGCACAGUGAUUGCAAUUUCCACACAAGACCAGCUGAAACCUUCAGACACACCGCGGUCAACAAAAAAGGCAAGGCAUCUUUAUUUAUAUAGCACAUUUCAUACCAAGGCAACUCAAUGUGCUUUACAUAAAAACAAAACAUUUUUUUUAAAAAGAACAGCAUAAAAACAAAACAAAACAAACACACAGUUAAAAGCAGGAGCAAUAGAUAAAGUUUAAAAUUAUUAAAAAGAGCUCGGCUAUAAGCACAUGAAAAGAGGAUUCAGAAGGUUAGUGAACAGUACGGUGACCAAACGUCCAGUUUUCACAGGACCUGUCCUUUUUUCACAUCCCAUCCUGGUUGUUUUUUUUACAAAGUGAUGCAAAUGCAAAUGUCCUGGUUUUCAUUGUUUUUCAUCAAGUCAGUAAAUUUGUCCAUUAAGAUUAAGAAAACCAAAGAUAUACAUAAUUUUUGUUGGUACAUAAAGUUUGUGUGAGCUACUUUUGUUGGAUUGCUAAAAUAAGUAGAAUAAAAGUAGUAUUUUUUAGCUAUUUAUUAUUAAUUUAGUACAUGACAAACAUUAUUUCUAUCAUUAUUUCAUUUGUUAUUAUUAAAACUUGUCAAUAUAAAACAUGUUGGGUAACCUCUGAGAAUUAUCACAUUUUGUAAGUUUUGUAAAGGAAUGCUUCAAAAAACACAGACUUCUAGUCUGCUGCCUCCAACUCUGUUUCAUCAAGCCAACAAUAACAACACUGAAGAGAUUUCCCUGGUGCACUUCGCACUUCGGUCAACUUAAAUUUUUUUUAGACCAAAUCAGUACCAUUAACAGGUUAUUUCACACAUAUAACUGUAAAAAACAUGAGUGUGUUUUACCAUUUCAUUAGGAACUCAUUAGACUAAGAAAUGUGUCAAGUGCAUGUUGUUAGUUCUUUUGUGCAUUUGUUAAAACAUAAUUUCAUGAUAACAUUUAUUGUUCCAUGCACAUUUUAAUGUCAUAUACAUAAUUAUCCAAGUCAGAAAAAAUGAGUCAGACAAAUACUGAAUUGAUCCAUGACAUUCAAAAAAAUAUUGGGUUGUGUGAACAUGACUGUUGUUUUAAUAUUGCUUUUAACCUAAAAAUCAGAGUUUAUAUCAAUAACACACCAGAAGCUGUUUUAACUCUGAUAUGCAGUCAUGAAUAAUCUAGGAUAAUUACAACUUUCUGGAAAUGAUAAAUGUCUCUUAUUAUCUCCAUUAAAAAAACAAAGUUUGGUUUCUCAUGAUAACAAGAUAACUGGCAAAAUGGACACAUAAAUGCACAGACCAGUAUGAGAAGUGCCAUGCUGCCAUUGCCCACCUUAAUAGAGUAGGGGGAGACCGGGGCUUGUUGUCACAUGGGUAAGUUGUGACAUUGCAAUUAUCUUUGCCACCAGAGGGCGCAACUAAAAAGUGGAAUACUUGUUUUAUUCCUUUACAUGAGCAGGGGUCGUAUCCUGUCUGAGAAGAGAAGAGCACAUUGUGAGCUGAGAUGAGCGCCAAUUAACCAUUUUGCACAACCCAAAGAAAAAAAAAAUAACUGUAUAUAUUUUAAAAUAAGUUUCUUCCAGAUUAAAAUCCUAGCAGUGAUACAUGUAGACUUGCUGGAGGAGAGAUUAAUGCAUCCUGUCAUACCUCAGUCAUUGUUCUGUUUUAAGCUAACUUUAAGCUAGAGCUAGAAUUAGCAAGCAUGGUAGUUUGGGGCAACAUGUUUCAGUCAUUUUGGGUUAGUUGUCACAUGUUUAAAAGGGAUCAAAAUUAACAUAGAGAGUCUGCUUAUCAGCAGUUCUCAUAUCGAAAUUAUAACUUUAUUUUUACAUAGAAAAGAGUGGUUUAAAGGGAGAAAGAGAAAAGAGAAAGCGAAAAGACAUGGUCAGGAAUUCCAAAAGAAAAACUGAACGUAGCAGUGCAGUACCUGACGUGACACUUAUUUGAUUGCUAAAAACUCUGCACUGACACAAGAUAUGAAAAUGACAUGAAUACAAAAUAUAUACCUGAGACUUUGGUCUUUCAUUGUGUACACAUUUUGUUUAUAUAUGGCGUAUUGAUUACAAGAAAUAUGUAUGAGUGUAAAAAGUGUGAUAACAAGCCCCAGUCUCCCGAUAAGUCCAUGACAGUGUUUGUUUUGCUCCUCUAACGAUGAGAGUAAGGAUUAUCUAGUGGUGCUUGUGAAAUAAACUACUAUGGAGAAUAGAAGAAAAAAGGUUAGGAAGGGUAUGAUAUCAGAGGGGUGGGGCUUAGCUGGAUCAAAAGUUACAUUGAAAACAGACAACAGUUUGGAUCAACGUAUCUAGAUAUAACCUGUGGAGUGCAAGAGGGUUCAAUAGUGGGACCAAAAUUAUUCAUAUUAUAUAUACUGUAGAUGACAUAUGUAAAGUUUCUAGUGUAUUAAAAUUUGUCAUUUUUGCCAAUGAUACUAAUAUUUUUCUGUACAGGAGAGAAUCUAAACCAGCUAUUACAGGAUACCUCAGUGGAGUUGAGUAAACUGAAAUUAUGGUUUGAUGAGAAUAAUCUCUCUAAACAUGACUAAGACAAAGUAUAUAAUGUUUGGAAAGAGACCAAUUCAACCAAACACAGAGGCUGAAGUGAAUAUUGAUAAUACUAAGCUAGAAAGGGUUUAUGAGUGUACUUUUUUAGGGGUGAAAAUGGACCAUAACCUCAGUUGGAAACCCCAAAUAAAAUGUUAGGUGGAAGCUGGCUAGGAGUAUUGGCAUUCUGGGUAGGACAAGACACAUAUUAAACCAUAGAAUAUAAUACUUAUUAUACAAUAUGCUUAUAUUACCAUAUCUGACUAUUGCAUAGAAGUCUGGGGAAAUACAUACAAAACGAAUUUACAACCUAUUUAUAUUAUGCAAAAGAGAGCAAUAAGGAUUGUUAACAAGGUAGGAUUCUUCUAUCAUACUAAUGAACUGUUUCUGAAAUUAAGAGUAUUAAAAUUUGCCAAUCUAGUUGAAUUUAGAACUGCACAGACAAUGUAAAGAGCUAGUAACAAUCUACUCCCUAGUAAUACACAGAAAAUGUGAAAGAGAGGCAAGGUAUGCAUUAAGAGGGGAACGCAAUUUAAAACAACCAAGCGUUCGUACCACACUUAAAGCAUGUGUCUUUCUAUUGUGAGGGUGAAUCUGUGGAACAGCUUGCCAGAUGAUCUUAAACAAAGCAAAACUAGCACAGUUUAAAAGUAAAUUAAAGCAGAAUAUGAUUAAAAUACAUACAAAAGUGAUUUUUGUUUUGCCACACUUAUUAUAUUGUAUAUGGGUAUGGUACACAUGAGAGAUUUGAAGUAUUAUAGGGUAUAUAUAUAAAGUGCAUAUUUGUGUAUAUAGGUAUGGAUGUGUAUAUGUACAUAUAUAAGGUCUUUGUUUUAGAAUUAAUGAUUAGUUAUACAGACAUGAAAAUCUCUCACCUUUCGGCGAAAUUCGCCGUUUUGAAGUCAAAAAGGGUGACCUACAUGAAUUGUGUAGAUCUGAGGAGUUUUUUUUUUUUUUUUCGGGGGGGGUCGGGGUUUUUAUUUUUUUAUUAUUAUCAUGUGAUUGACUUCAUACGCAAACAGAGCACUUCGGCCCUUUAAAUGACACUUGGACGGUCAGCAAAUCCUCCUGGCUGCUUCGCUGAUGAGAAUCAAUCAUAGGCCAAACUGUGUUCCAUUAUUCCAAUCAUGCGCACACUGUACUUGGAGUGCUUGGAGAGCCUGUGGUAGCAUUGCAAAGCUGCGAGAACGAGAAGCAGGACUUAUCCACGCAGGUGUUGUGUCAUAGAAUGCACCCCUGCUGUAGAAUGCCCCCCUGACGAGUAGUAGUACAUAACAAAGUUUUCCUUACCAUUGGACGGAUUCAAAAGCGUGUGCCUUUAAUGAUUUCAUUCAGGUUAUUCACAUAAGCCGAAAACAAUAGCCCUCUGAUUCAGAAUAUUUGCUGUCCCGAAAGUAUAUUGUUCUCUACCUUGACAUCUUACUGUACAGUUUAUAUACCCAAGUAAACCUGGAUAUGUGCAUUUUUGAGACACACUAAAACAGAACGAAAGUUUGCUAGUAGUCAUUAUCCAAAUAGUCGUGUCUUUGUAAAAUAUGAGAUCAUUGUCUUCCACUUUAAGAAGCUAAUGAGUGGAUGGGAUGCAGGGGUGCACACCGGGGACAAGGCAGACCAGAGCGUAGCGUACACAUUUACCUGCAUAAACCAGCAGAUUGAAUUUGGUGAGUAAUGGUUUCAAUCGUUUUCAUAUUUAGUGGUAUAACAAAAUUACUGCUGUUUGCUACAGCUUGCGUUGAACACUGCCAGAGCUAGCCAAACCUCAGGUGAAAAAAUAGCUCCCGUUUGCUAGAUAUCAAGUUAGCGUCAAGCUAGUGUAGUUAACGGUAACAUAAAAGAAAAAAACAAGCUUCUUUCUAAUAUCUCUGUAAUUGGUAUUUCGGGGACGUGUGAGGAUAAUAUUCACGUGAGGGGCUGAAAAGGCUUAAGGUGAAGUCUCGCCAAAUGUGCAAUGGACGCACUGUCUCAUACACAGAGAAUCGCUUGCAUCAAGGCAGAUGAGCCCUGAAUUAAACGAGGUCCUGACUGAUGCCAUUAGAGUGGUCAAUUUCAUCAAAACAAGACCCCUGAAAGCGCGGCUGUUCUCCGCACUUUGUGAUGAGAUGGGAGCCAUGCACUCAGAUCUGCUGUUCCACAGCGAGGCCAGGUGGCUCUCCCGAGGCAAAGUGUUGUCACAAGUCUUUGAACUCAGAGAGGAAAUUCAGGUGUUUUUGGAGGAAAAUGGCAUGCAUGACGUUGCCAGCAAGUUCAGUGAUGAACAAUUUCUGAUGAAACUGGCCUAUCUCAGCGACAUAUUUGGAAAGCUGAAUGAAUUAAAUCUUCAGCUUCAAGGCAGAGACAAGCAUCUUCCUCACCUGGCAGACAAGAUCAGCGCAUUCACUCGAAAACUGGAGAUGUGGGGCAGGCGACUUGAUCAAGGAAACACUGAUUUCUUUGAGAAUCUGAGUGAAUUUGCUGACACAAGUGAUUCUUGCGCCACCACAGUGAUUCCAUAUCUCAAGGAGCACAUUUCUUCUCUGAGAAGAUUCUUUCAAAAAUACUUCCCAGACAACAGUGUGCAGUAUGACUGGCUGAGAGAUCCAUUUAACGCAGCAGCACCAGCUGAUCUCAGCUCUGCUGAAGAGGACCAGUACAUUGAGAUGACCUCAGACUCCACCCUGAGGAUGAAGUUUACAGCACAGACACUGAGUGAAUUCUGGCUUGGUGUGGAGAGGGAGCAUCCACUCAUUGGGCAGAGGGCUGUGGGCAUUCUGCUUCCCUUCGCCACAUCCUAUCUCUGUGAGAUAGACUUUUCUGCUGUUGCCUCACUAAAAACAAAAUACAGAUCCAGGCUCAACAUUGAACAUGAAUUGAGAGUGGCCGUAUCAAGCCUGCAACCUUGAUUUGAAAAGAUGUGCAGCACAAAACAGGCUCAUUGCAGCCAUUAAUGCAGUGAGUGAGUGCAGGGCUUUACAAGAGAAUCGAUCUCUAAAUGUUACUGAGACAACAAAGCCUUUCUUGCCAGUUGUUCAGUUCUAUUUCUUACAUAUGCCUACAGAAGUUCAUUAUUUUCCUGCACUUUUUGAAUGCACUUUUUCUCUAGUUUUGAAAAAGUGCUUUAAAUGGAAAAUUCAUGAUUUUUGCAUUUGUUCUUUGUUUGCACAUAUAGAAAAAGCACAGUGAUUGCACAAGAUUUUGAUAUGCAUUUGUUUAUUUAUAUUUUUUGUUUGCUUUUUUUUGUACUUACUCAACUUGAUAUUGUUUGAUUAUUAUUGUUCUUGCAACAUGAAUGCACGUUUGUUUUCUAGUUUUGAGAAAGACAGCAAAAGGAAUGUUAUGUCAAUAAAGUUAUACAUGGCCUAUUGUCACAAUUUUGUUGGGGUAGGGGGGAAUGAAAUUUUUUCUUCCUCCAAAGGGGGGAAUGACAAAAAAAGUUUGAGAACCACUGAUUUAGAUAAUCAUUUUUGUUCAAAACCUGUUCAGACUGUUGACUUCCAGAUGUUUCUGAGCUCCUCGAGUUCAAUGUCCAAAGACUUAAAAUCUGUUUUCUACUAUUUGAGAAUUAUCAACACUUUUGUCAAAAUGCUUUUGCCAUUUCAGUUGGAUUGUUAAUAUUUUUCUCCAACUACAGUUUGCAGAUGAGUGUUUUGACAACACAGAGAAUAUUUUCGUCUUUCUAUAGUCCUCUUUCUACUGAAGUGAAGAAGAUAUUUUGGCUCACAGCUAAUGUGAUAUUUUUAUUUGUUGAAGUUCAAAAUUAGAUAUCUUUGUGGCCUUUUUGGUGUGUUAUAAUAGGCUAUGGAAAAUAACAAUUAUCAAUUUAUAGAGUUUUUCAAAACAGGGUUACAAAGUGCUUUGCAGAUGUAGCCACUGCUCUAAAAUAUUGAUAUGAUAGGAAUAUAUGUAGCCUGGCUGUGCCAUCCUGUUGCAUGAAUCACUUGACGUUCCUUCCCACCACAGUCUGGACUUCGGCCCAUUGGGAGCGUGUAUUCCCGAUCAGAAAAUAACCGGGCCAAUCAGAGACCGUGUUUUCACUAGCCACGUUUACAUGCAGACUUUUUUCUCAUUCGGAUUAUAAUCAUUCCGAUUGAAGCUCCCAGGCGAACAUUUUACAUGGAAGCGAUCUAUUCUGAUCUGGUGUUUACAUGUGCCACGGCAUUCAAUCGGAACAGCUAUUUACAGACAUGUGAUACCAUAGACAUAAUAAAAGGAUAGACCCCGCUGGGGGGGCUGCGCAGCGAGAAAUGCGGCCGCCAUCUUGGUCAGGUCAAGCUUCCCAUACGCUCCGGUCAAUCAUAUUCAUUCAUUCAGCGAUGCCGGAGCACUGUGCGGCGUAUUCCUGUGCCAACAGGCGGACAGCAGAGAACAGGGCUCAAGGAAUAACUUCUCACAGUUAUGAUUAAACGUUUUUUCAACAUUACACUUGACUGUAGAGUCAUUUGUAGGCCAAAGAGGAAGACUAUCGGUCAACUCCAAAAAGGAAACAGCAUUUGCGAACAGCUAGCUUAUUCACAAUAAUAGCAACUUUGCUCUAUUAUCAACAGAUUUGCAUUAGAUUGAAAAAAUUUUGUUUGAGAGAUGUUCUAAGAAACGUUAAGAAAUAAAAUAGAAAGAAGAAGGAAGAAAGUGAGCUCUGUUUUAUUAUCUGUUUUAUUAAAGAUUUCUUUGUGGUGAUCUCCUGUUUCAUUUUGAAGAUUUCCUAAGGACAAAAACUUGAGGAAGAAGUGGGAGAUUGCUGUUAGAGGGAGAAAUUCGCAGCAAGUGAUUCCUCUGUGCUGUGUAGCCAACAAGCAAAUUGAUAUGUAGUUUAGAUGCUGGCCUGUCAUGCUGUUCUUGUGUUUAAUUUUUAUUGAUAUGUAGGCUAUUUCUUUGUGUGUAUUUUCCAGUUAUUAAAAUAGUGCUUCUAUAUGACAUUAUUUGUGUGUGUCUACAAAUGGAUAAAUAAAAUUAAACUAAAUAAAAUAUAAUCAAAUCAAUAUAUAUUGAAUUGGCCUAUUAAAACCGCCAGUUAUAAAUAAUUAUUGAGACAUAGCAGGAACCUAGCUCUAAACCUAGAUAUAUCCUUGAUUAAUUGUUAUACUAUAAUACAGCCACUGCUGCCAUGUUCUAAAAUAUCAUUUUAUUCAUUCUGAGUAUUUGAAAACGCCAAAAAAAAUAUGGCCUCUAUCAUGCCUCUUUGAAUGGCGUUUGCAGAGAAGAAAAUUACGUAGUAUUGAGCGAACUAUGAUUCAUUUAAUGCGCUCAGACUUCAUUCCGCCGGUUAAACAGCGGUGCAGAGUGAGGCGGAUGACCGAACCAAGAUGGUGGCCGCAUUUCUCGACAGCGCCCAUUCGUGGUAGCGGCCGAUGCGGGGUCUAUCUUUUAUUACGUCUGUGUGUGAUACCUUCAAACAUCACGUGAUGUUGUCACAUGAUGUCCCACCAUGUGAGUCAUACGUCACUGCUUGUUUACAUCAGGACAGAGCAUGCGCAGACAGAACCCAGCCUGACAACUUUCCGAUUCACCGUUUACAUGACAGGAUUUUGCUUUUAAUCGGAAUGGGAAAAGGAAUAUUCUACCCCUGUGAAUCGGAAUGAAAUUCCAUUCGGAAUGGGCCUGUUUAUUCCGAAUGAGGUGUUUAUAUGGAGCAUUUUCAUUCCGAUUGGGCUUCUAUUCCAAUUCUAUUCGGAAUAUGUGGCUCCAUGUAAACGUAGCUACUGUUACCCGGAUAACAGGGAAAGGCAGCCCCUGAUUGGUCCAUGUACUACUGUAACCAAUCACCGUAACCAAGCAUCUGUGAUGAUGUCAGAUGCUUGGUUACGGUGAUUGGUUACAGUAGUCUGUCUAUCAAGGAAAGUACUCCCGCCCACUUUCAGGGCUUCCAAUGGGCCGAAGUCCAGACCGUGGUGGGAAGGAACGUCAAGUGAUUCACGCAACAGGAUGGCACAGCCAGGCUAGAAUAUAUGGGCUAUUUUUAGUAGCCUAUAUUUUUUUACAAGAAUAUCUACUGACCUCAGAUGUUGUGAAAAACAUAUUUAAAGGUAUGAAAAUUAAAUAUAAGUUAAAAUAUUUAGUGGAAAUUAUAAUUAAACACAAAGUUUCCAGUUUUUGUUGGAUUACCUAUGAGACAUACUAAGAUAUAGUUUUCAAAAAUGGGUAGUUCUGUACAGAAAUAACAAAGGUUUCUGAUUUAAUAUGCUUUUUAAACUCUUAAACUAGUUGACAGAAAAUAACCUCAACUUUACCUCAAGAGAUAUUUAUAUUCCUUUGAGAUUAAAAUGAAUUAAAGUUGAUAUUAAACUUUUAGAUAUAACCUACCAGUGUAAGUGUUUUUAUAAAGUAAACAGCAUUUUAAAUCUCCAUGGUAACCAGUGACGAUGUAAAAACUUUAAAUCAUUACAAGUCGAUAAAGAUUGGUCAUUUCUGAAGAUUCAAUCUGAAGAUCGACACGAAAAACUUCUGUGGCUCACAAGCUUUCACCUUUUGACAGCUCCAUCGUAAAUAAAACCUCCCCAGACGACUAAAGACUCCAACUCCGACAAACACCUCCGACAAACACCUGAACAGAGAGGACAACAUCAACGACAUGGAGACCGUAAGAUUUCAUGACAAUAUUAUCAUACAAACUUGUGUUAUCGUCGAGACUUUGAGAAUAGUUAGUUUAAAAGCGAUGCAUUGAAUGAUGAAGCUAAAGUCCUGCCCACCACUGACCACUGUGGUCCUGUCCUGCAUGUUUAACAGCAGAAAAGUUCAUGUUAUUGUGAGAAAUCUCUGCGUUUAGUUUUUACAAAAGAUGUAAAUCUAUUUAAAAACUUACAAAAACAGACAAAAACUCCAUUAAUUUUAAUUCCUUUUAUAUUCCUUUGAGAUUAAAGUGAAUUAAAGUUGAUAUUAAACUUUUAGAUAUAACCUACCAGUGUAAGUGUUUUUCUAAAGUAAACAGCAUUUUAAAUCUCCAUGGUAACCAGUGACGAUGUAAAAACUUUAAAUCAUCACAAGUCGAUAAAGAUUGGUCAUUUCUGAAGAUUCUAUCUGAAGAUCGACACGAAAAACUUCUGUGGCUCACAAGCUUUCACCUUUUGACAGCUCCAUCGUAAAUAAAACCUCCCCAGACGACUAAAGACUCCAACUCCGACAAACACCUCCGACAAACACCUGAACAGAGAGGACAACAUCAACGAAAUGGAGACCGUAAGAUUUCAUGACAAUAUUAUCAUACAAACUUGUGUUAUCGUCGAGACUUUGAGAAUAGUUAGUUUAAAAGCGAUGCAUUGAAUGAUGAAGCUAAAGUCCUGCCCACCACUGACCACUGUGGUCCUGUCCUGCAUGUUUAACAGCAGAAAAGUUCAUGUUAUUGUGAGAAAUCUCUGCGUUUAGUUUUUACAAAAGAUGUAAAUCUAUUUAAAAACUUACAAAAACAGACAAAAACUCCAUUAAUUUUAAAUGGCAUUUUCUCCAUCUCUACUUGCAUUGCUGACCCCUCCACCCCCACCCUACUCACACAUACCUCUGUCAACGUGAACACACAGUGUGGACACAAACGGAGGAGGGUUGUAGUAGCAGACAGUUCACAGCUGCAGCCCAAACACACCCCCUCCCACCCCUUAUUACUGUAGACUGCAGUUAGACUCCCGACCCCUCAAGUGCUUAACUAAUCUGCAUUUAAUUUUUACAUUACAGUAUCCAAAACAGGUUUUAUCCCUGUUUAUUAUGUGUCACUGUAAAAAGAAGCACAGCAUGGAGGAAAUAUUGUCCAGGUUGCUCUGCAGUCCUCUAAAUACUUAGCAGUGUGAUUUUUGUGCCAGUUUCAUCACCAGUUUUAGUUCGGAAUCUUGACAAGUCUUCAUCAGUGACAUGUCAUAUUUUUCUGAAGACUUUUCAUGAAAUAACCUGAAAGUUAGCUAUCACGUACCUUUUAUUGUCCCAUACAGUUUUAUUUCAAUGAUAAUAUGCCAAAUAUUUGGGUGUAAGAUGGUUGGUAUGAAAAUCUUUUAGUCUUACCACUAAAUCUCUCCAAUUCCUCUUCUUUCUUCAGUAAAUGACACCUGAUAAGGUAGUGGAUGUGAGCUGUGUAGUGGUGUGUCGGUCUUGAACGAAUGGAUCAAAUGAACUAGUUCUUUUUGGUGAACGAAAUGAACUAGUUCUCCCCCCCUAAAUGACCCGUUCAGUCCGUUCAGUUCUUUUGAUUGGCUGAAGAGGGACUAUCUCCGUGCUUACCUGUCUUAUCCUAUCGUCGUGCCUCGUUCUGUGUGUGGGUGGGGCUUAGAGAAGCAGCAGCAGUACUACUGAGCUGACUGAAAGACCGGGAUGACCAAGUUACCUGAAAGAACGGGUUAAAUGAAUGAAAGACUGAGUUGAACGAAAGACCCAGACGGAUGAACGAGUUGACUGAAAGACCGAGUGAACGAAAGAUCCAGACGGUGAACGAGUUGACUGAAAGACUGAGUUGACUGGCCGCCGCACGAGCCGACAGCCGAGCCCGAGCGAGCGGGACAGUCACACACACACAAAGGCACACAGCUGCUGCUGCAGCCAGAGGCAGAGAGACAACUAUUAAUACGCAUUUGCACUGUCUGUUGACAUUUUUUACUUUUUAUCAUUGUUUUUAAUGCACCUCAAAAUAAUAAAAACCAUUAAAAACCUUAUAUAUUUUGUUAUUCCUACUAUAAUUUUAUAUUACAAGGAGUGCAGCGCGAUCGCAGCGUUGGACCGGGGGUGGGAAGUGGGGAGUGCAGCGGUCACAGCGUUGGACCGCGGGGGGGUCGUAAUGUCGGACCGGGGAGCUGAGACGCUCGCAACGUCGGAUCUGUAGGGGUGUAAUGCUUCAGUUUUCAAGAUCACAUGUUGUUGCGCUGUUUAGUCUGAAGUGCAGUCAGUCCGUUCGCUCAUCACGUUUGUGAUGAGCGCUGAACGUUCGUUCAGACGCUGAACGAACGUGAACUACAUGAACGAGCGGACUGACUUACGACAGAUUGACCGAAAUGACCGAAAUGAACGGAUCUUUUUACUGAACGACCCGGAAUGAUACGGUUCACUGAAAUGAACGGUUUUGCCCACCACUAGAGCUGUGUGACUCACUGUUGUGUCUGAUGGUCAUUGCUCGAGUCCACCAGGUGGAGGCGCUGUAGGACAAACACACACAGCUGCUCUGUACAGAUGUGGAUGAAACAAGAAUGAUGAGUUGUUGUGUUAAAGCUGCUGUAACCGGUACAAACUCUACUGUUGACUGUAUAAAAAUGUGCCACUAACGCCCUCUCUCUCGCGGCUGGCCGCACGCUCUCCCUCACGGCUGGACGCCUUCUCUCUCGCCUUCUCUCCCUCUCGCUCUCCCUUGCCGCUGGGCACCGGCGUGGGGAAUAGCGUGGUCACUCGCGGCUAGAGUGACGGACGAGGGGGGAGUCAAAAUGAACAUAAAGGACAAUAAUUUUCCUGGACUCUUGCGUCCCCGCAGCCGGUGUUAGAGGGUGCACACUCAUACACCUACGCGGGUCUUGCUUACACUCACACACAUAUGCUGUUGCUGUGUCCGACUUGCCCGCUCGCAUACUACAUGCUACUGCUACGUGCUACUGCUAGAUCCUACUCCUACAUACUAAACACGUUCGCCCAAUUCGGACACACUAGACGAGCGGUGGUGAAAGAUGACCCCCGCAGGCAGAGAGUAGGUACUGCGCCCGUUUUAGACUCUGAAUAGUAAUUGUGCAAGUGAUGGAUGCUGCUGUAUUAUAUUCCUGCACUGCUUUAGAAAUUCACAAAGUAGCUUUUCCAUUACUUUUAGACUUCAUUCACUCACGUGGUGAUCGUUUGUUCAAUGAGAUCUGCCUGAUUAGUGCAGCUGUGCAGUUUAAUGAUGGAAUAAGUGAGCUUUACCUCCAUGAUGUCGCCGCAUGUUUGCUCAUAAAAUGAUUACUUGGGCAAAUAUGACACCAUGACAUGACAAAAAGAUACAACCGCACAUUUUUUUUAGGACAAGGUGUGAAGUUACAUUAAAAUUAAAUCUGUACUGCUGCAGUCCUGCCUCCUGCUGCUGCUGCUCCGCCAUGGUGCGCGCUGCUGUGGCCAGCCGGCGUUCGCGACGCAUUUAAAUAGGCAGAGCAGCUGGUGGCGCUAGCAUCACAUGUGCUUCUACAACUUUUAAGAGGACGAAGAAGAAGCCCGCGGUGCAUUUUGGGUCAGUAGCAUGCCCGUAGGAUGCACCACGACCAUCCUACAAUGUGGGCGUGUCUAGUAUCUGAAGUAGUAUCUGAAGUAGCAUGCUACUCGCUCCGGUGGCCAAUUCGGACAUGCUACAUACUACUUCGACACUACUUCGACUACUAAUUGGCAAUUCUGACGCAGCAAUACACACACUCACCUUCUGUCGCCGGUUCACGGCCUGAACAGAGGCAGUUCCGGUCACCUGUUGAAUAAUAAUAAUAAAUAAUAAUACAUUUUAUUUGAAGCGCCUUUCACGUCACUCAAGGACACUUUACAGAACAUAUAAAACAAUAAUAAAACACUAUUAACAAUUAAAAUCAUCAAUCAUCAAAACAGUUAAAAUCAACAAAGCAACAUUAAGACAUGAACAACAGCAAAGGAAUGAAUAAAGAAAUGAAUAAUAGCAAUUUAAAUUGAAUUAAAAAAAGCGAGUUAGGGGUGGUGGGAGGGAUAGGCCAGUUUAAACAGGUGUGUCUUGAGUUUGGACUUGUAGAGGGGGAGGGAGUCUAUGUUGCGGAUGUGUGAUGGUAAAGAGUUCCAGAGUCGAGGGGCAGAGCGACUGAAAGCUCUGCCCCCCAUGGUGCUGAGGUGAACAGGGGGCACAGUGAGGUGGAGAGAGGAAGAGGAUCGGAGGCGGCGUGAUGGAGUGGCGAUGUGGAGGAGGUCAGACAGGUAAGGAGGGGCGAGGUUGUGGAUGGCUUUAAAGGUAUACAGUAGGAUUUUGAACUGGAUUCUAAGUGGGACCGGGAGCCAGUGGAGUUGCUGUAGGAUGGGGGUGAUGUGGUGGGACGAAGGGGUUUUGGUGAUGAUCCGGGCAGCGGAGUUGUGGACCAGUUGAAGUUUAUGGAGAGACAUGUGAGGGGGACCGAGGAGGAGGGAGUUACAGUAGUCCAGAAGGGAGGUGACGAGACUGUGGACGAGGAUGGAGGUGGAGUUGGGGGAGAGGGAGGGACGGAGACGAUUGAUGUGGCGGAGGUGGAAGUAGGCAGUCCGAGUGGUAUGGCUGAUGUGUGAUUUGAAAGAAAGAGUACUGUCAAGGACGACACCCAGACUCUUGAACUGAGGUGAGGGGGAAACUGAGGAACUGUCGAUGGGAAGGGAGAGACUGUCAACUUUGGAUAGGGUAAAUUUUGAACCUACUAGAAGAAUUUCUGUUUUCUGACUGUUAAGUUGGAGAAAAUUGGCGGUGAACCAGGAUUUAAUUUCGGAUAGGCAGGUGAUGAGGGAGGUGGGUGGGAGGGUGGAGUUUGGUGAGCUGGAGAGGUAGAGCUGGGUGUCGUCCGCGUAGCAGUGAUAUUGAAUGUUGAAUUUAUGGAAGAUGGAACCAAGGGGGAGGAGGUAGGUGAUGAACAGCAGGGGCCCCAGGACAGAGCCCUGGGGCACACCUGAACUGACUGGGGAGGGGUCGGAUUUGAAGGAUUUGAGCUGUAUGAACUGUGUGCUGUCUGUGAGGUAGGAGUGGAACCAGCGGAGGGGAGUGUGGGUGAUGCCGAUGGAGGAGAGUCUACGGAGGAGGAUGGGAUGGGAGAUGGUGUCAAAGGCUGCACUGAGGUUGAGGAGGAUGAGGAUGGAAAGUGAACCGGAGUCAGCUGCAAUGAGAAGGUCAUUGGUGAUUUUUAGCAGUGCGGUUUCGGUGCUGUGGCGGGGGCGAAAACCAGAUUGGAAGGGGUCGUAGAGGGAGUUCUGGGUUAGGUGGGUGUGUAGUUGGCUGGCGACGACCUUUUCCAGUAUUUUGGCUGUAUACGGUAGAUUGGAGACGGGGCGGAGGUUGUUGAAAUUAUUGGGGUCAGAGCCAGGCUUUUUCAGGAUAGGGGUGAUGGCUGCUGUCUUGAGGGAUGCGGGAACAGUUCCAGUGGUGAGUGAGGAGUGAAUGAUGGCAGAUAUGAGAGGAAGAACAGAUGGGAGGCAUGAUUUGACCAGUGUGGUGGGAAGGGGAUCCAGCUGACAGGUUGAGGGUUUGGAUUUGCGGAUGAGAUGGUAGAUUUCAGAGUCGUCGGGGAGAAGAAAACUGGAGAAGAACUGAUGGUGUGGCAGGGGAGUUGGUGGGUUCGGAGGGGGUCCAGGGGGGAGAGAGCCUGAGUGUAGUUGUUGGUGGAUGUUAGAGAUUUUUUCAUUAAAAAACUGCAUUAGUGUGUUGCAGGUGUCGAUUGAAUACAGGUGGGGAGGGAGGGAGUCUGGUGGCUGGAUAGAUUUGUUGAGGAGACUGAAUAGUGAUCUGGUGUUUCCUUUGUUAGAGAUGAUCUGGGCGGAGUAGUGGUCUGUCUUUGCUUGAGAGAUUGAGUCCUUGUAGCAGCGGAUGUGGUUAGUGUACAUUUCUUUGUGAAUGGAGAGUCCAGUUUUUUUGUAGAGUCUUUCCAGUUGUCAGCCUUUGGUUUUCAUGGAGCGGAGAUGGGGGGGUGUACCAGGGAGCAGUUGUUGAGAAGGAAACAGAGCGUGUUUUGAGUGGAGCGAGGGAGUUGAGGAUGUUAUUUAAACAGGUGUUGUAAUGGGAUGUUAUGUCAUCAGGGGUAGCGGAACAGUCCGGGAUUGAAAUAUUGUUAAUGUUAGAGCGCAGAGUGUCAAUGUUUAUGUUCUUAAGGUUGCGGAAUGAAAUGAGGCGUGGUGAAUUAAUUCUAGUGAGGCAGAGAGGAAUACUGAAGGAGAUGAGGAGGUGCUCACUUACAUGGAGCUCAUCGGCUGUGCAGUUGGAUGGGAUAGGCCUGAGCAGCAGAGUAGAUCCAAAGUGUGUCCUUUAGUGUGUGUCGGGAAGUUGAUGAAUUGAUGGAGUCCAAAACUGUCAAGGCAUGAUGAGAAGCCUCUGGUGAGGGGGAGGUUGGUGUUGUCUAUGUGUAUAUUGAAGUCCCCCAGUAUUAUUGUGUUUGGUGAGAGUGUGCAUAGAUGGGUGAGUAGAACAGAAAAGUCAUUUAAGAAGUCAGAGUGGGGCUUGGGGGGGCGGUAGAUGGUGGCGAUGAUGGUGGGAGUGGGUCCAGGAAGUGUAAUUGCCAGAAGUUCGUAUGAGGAGAAAAGAGGCAGGGACAGCGGUAGAACUUUUCCACUUUUUGUGGUGGAUGAUGGCGAUACCUCCACCACGGUCGUGGCUGCGGGGGUGGGAGAGGUAGGUGAAGUCCGGGGGGGUGGAGUCGUUGAGUGAUGAGAAGUCAUUUGGUUGUUGCCAUGUUUCGGUGAUGCAGAGGAAGUCCAGCUUGCGGUCAGUGAGGAGAUCGUGGAUGAUGUGUCCCUUGUUGGUGAGUGAGCGGAUGUUGAGGAGUCCGAAGUUGACAGAGGUAUUGUCAUGUUUGGUGUGGAUGGGAGCCAGCAUGGAUGGGCUUGCUAAAACAGAGUGAUUGACUAGUCAGUCACAUGGGAAACAAUGUACAGUGUGCUGCAGGUUCGCCGCUUACAUGCGGCUACCUGUGGUGUUCGGGUGGAUACCAUCCGAUUUAAAAAGGGACGAACGGUUCAAAAAAAGAUUAAAAUUGUCCACGAAGGCAAAGCUAUGGGCUUGGCAGGCAGAUUGGAGCCAGGUGUGCAAGCUGAGCACUCUGCUGAAGCUCCCGCACCCACGACCAGAAGUGGGAAUGGGACCGCUGAUAAAAACAGACAGUUCACAGUUCUUCAGGAAGUUAAAAGUUGGGUAAAAUGGUCCUUCGUGAGCUCGGUCUGGUUGAGGGACGUGUCAUUAGUACCGACAUGGAUUAUGAUUCUCUGGAUGGAAGUUGGCAGAGAUUUUAACAGAGUGGGGAGGAGUGUUAAAAUGUCCAGGACCCUCGCACCAGGGAAACACCGCGUGAUAGCGUUAAAAAAGCGGAUGUUUUUCAUGAUGGAGUCGCCCACAAUUAAAGUCGUCGGAGGGAAAAGUGGACGUGGAGACUGUGUGACCGGAGAGGAAUAUGUUGGAGGAGGGGGGGAACUCGCCAAGAAGGACAUCGGAGACAAGACGGGAGGGACACGGGCCAGCCGUGGUGCAGGUGUGAAGCACGGCACCGAGCGCCGCCGGAGGGCCCCGGCGUGCGGAUGGUCAGGCACGCGAGGUGGACGGGACGGGGACGGGGGAGAGCUGGAGGACCCAUGAGACAGCCGGGUGGACAUCGGCUGGGAUCCCGCGGGCAGCGGGGGGAAGUCAUGGAGGUCCAGGGUGUUAAACCUGUUCUCCAGGUGGAGGUGGAAGAGGGGAGACUGAGGUGGGAGCCUUGUUUUCCCGGUGCGGGCAGUGAUGCAGGACUGGUGCUCCUGCAGGGAUGGAGUGGAGCUAGCCGGAGGCUCUGGUUUAGCCUUGGGUUGUGAUCCCAGCCUUGUCGAGGAGACGGAUGGAUGAGCAGGCGGAGGAGAGGUGGUCGCAGCAGCCGGGAGAGAGGUGUUGGGAGCGGCAGGGUCUGGAUCCGAUGAGCCGGUGGAGUCGGGAUGUGGUGUUCUGAAGACGAUGGUGUCCAUGAGUUUCUCGGCUUCCUGGAUCUGGUAUAGGGUGGAGAUCCUUCGCUCAAGCUCCUGGAUCUUUUCCGCUAGACAGGCGCAGCUGGCACAGCCGGAUGGAGAGGAGUGUGGAGCCAUGGCUGAAACAGAGAGAACAACAGCCAGCAGACAGCCAACGACACCAGGCAGGAUCUGAUAGAGGACAGUCUGGAUCGGGGAUUGGACUGUGUCGAGAAGGACACUUACACGCCAGGGCUCCGACCUGGAGCCCGCAGCGGUGAGGUAGCAGAUCAGACAACACGGGAGGAGACUUACCGGCGAGGGCCCCGGAAGAGGGCCCGCUGUUGGUGGAAAUCUCAGGUAAGUCUCUCUUUGCGGUGUUCCAGCCAUGGCCGAUGUGACCUGGGGUGUUUAUUUAAUCCGUGUGGGUAAUGAUGGUUGAUCGGUGUAUUCGGAUGGAUGCCCUGGGUAUCUGCAAUCAGUCUGUUAGAGUGGGUGCAGUCAGUCUGUUAGAGUAGCUGCACUCCACAGGGUGCCGAUGUUGGGGAACUGAUAAAAAAUGAUAAUCCAACUGCUUCCUCGUUGAGCUAGAAAAUAGCUGAGCAUUGCUGCCAGACGUGUAGAGGGAGUUAGCGACAAUUUCUUUAGCUGUUAGCUUGUUUGUUGACAGUCAGACCUGAGAGUCAGCAGUGAACUAAGAGGCGCUCAACAAGUGCUGUUUCAAGGAUGGAUAUUUAUGCCCAUUUCACCUCGUCUGCAAUGUUUAACGAGUUGAAGUUGGAUUGAAGUCGUUCUGCCAUGGUGUUCGCAACAACGGAAGGACGAGGAGGCGAUGUGUAGCGCUAAAGCUAGCAGCGUGAUUCGCGAAACAGCACUGUGUGCGUGUUAUGUGUAUAUUGGAGUUAGUGUGUAUGUGGAGCCCCUGUUGUGUGCUCACUAGCCAUGCCUCUCAUGGUCCCGCAACGACAAUGUAAUGUGAGGAAGUUUUUAGCCAAAAUCACAUUCACGUAUCACGAAUAGCGCUAGGUAACGUGCUUCCUCGGGUCAGGUGACCCAGGGAGAAAACAAAUUCAGUGAAUUAAUUGAGUAUAGUGAAAAUGUUGUGUUUGUGUUAAUAUUGGCUCAGCAAUAUGAAGGGUGUGAGUAACAGAACAAUUGGUUUAUAUUCUAUUGUGUGUUUGUAGUACUUAAAUACACCUUGUGGUACUACCUGGACACAUCGUCAGUGAUGUUCCCGGGGUCAUAGGGUGUUUCAGGUCUUACAUCAGACACCCUCACCUGGGCGACCCAGCCGGGGGUGAUCAGGCCCCGACUUGUGUCCAGGUAGCGCACUACGCCACGUGUCCCCCCUCCUUAACCAGAGCCACCGUGACGCCUUUUCAGCCGCCUCCAGGAUGUUCUUGGUGCCUCUUCGUCUGUGCAGCCCGCAAAUCCCCAAGAGCCCCAGGACCCGGUGUAGAGACUGUCCCGCGAAGCCCCUGCAACCCACUUCAAUCGGCUCACAGCGGGCCUUCCACCCGUUCCGCCGACACUCCGCUACCAGGUCUGCAUACCUGGACCUCUUCCUCUCCUGGGCUUCCUCUACACGAUCUUCCCAGGGUACAGUCAAUUCAAGCAGCACCACCUGCUUGCUUGCCGCGGACAUCAAGACCAUGUCCGGUCGAAGCGAUGUGACUGCGAUGGUGUCCGGGAAUCUCAACUGUCUCCCUAGGUCAACCAGGAGCUGCCAGUCUCUUGCUGUCGCGAGCAGGCCCCCUUGGGCCUAUCUAGGUGGUUGUGGCGACUCACCUGCUCGGACAAAGGCGAUGGAAGUCUUGGACGGGUGUUGCUGCUUGCUGCUGGUGAUGCCAGAGCAGAUGGUGUCUGCUACUGCCUUCAGGACCUGGUCAUGACGCCAACGGUAACGCCCGUCUCCCAAGGCCUUCGGGCAGCAGCUGAGGAUGUGCUCUAAAGAUCCCCUUCUCUGGCAGAGUUGGCAAGCAGGUGCGUCUACUAGGCCCCAGGUUAACAGGUUGGCAGGGCUGGGGAGGACGUCAUAUACUGACUGGACCAAGAACUUGAAAUGGUGUGGCUCCGCCUUCCAGAGUUCUGCCCACGUGAUCUUGCGGCCAGCUAUAUGCUCCCACCUAGUCCAGGCCCCCUGCUUGGACAUGCCAACUGCUCUGCUGAAGCGAGCUUCCUCCACCUCGGCUCGCACCUCAUCCUGGAUGAGUCUCCGCCUCUCCUUGCCUCUGGCCUUGAUGUAGCAUGGCUUAGGAUUGCUGCCAAGCCCGGCCCGACCAGUAGCCACUGUGCCCACAAGGGUGCUAUGCUGCAACCUUGCCUCCGCCCGUUCCACUGCAUCCUUGGCACGCCACUUCCUUCCUGUCCUAACCUCCACCCCUGCUGAGGAGAACUUGGUGUCAGCUGAGUCUCGGUAGAGCAGGACUUCUCUGGUUCUGGUGACCUUGAACUCCUCUGAUGGACUGCUGAAAGGAAGUUGCAGCUUGUUGUUGUGGCCAAAAAGAGCAAUGCUGCUGAGGAGAUUGAUAUAGAAAUUGAUGUAGAAAUAUUAUAUAUGAUAUAAUAGUUGAUGUCUAAAAAAACCCCUAGAUUGUGUUGAUUGGUUUGUCCGGGGGAGGGGCCAAGGGGUAUUUCAGGGAGCUCAGCUCACUUGUUGUGGUGCCUCAUGGUUAAGAAGACAUAUGUUGGUCCUGGUGGUUGAAUUGCGGUUUGUAAAUAGUGUUUCCCUCUGUCUUUUUGUAAAUAAUUUUCGUAAAUAUUUUUUUGUAAAUAAGAGUUUUUCACCUGUGGGUAUUGUUGGAUAUGGCGUAAAUAAAAGAAAAUCACUGUACUCGAGUUUCGACUGUGCCAUCAUCUUUUCCUCCACAACCGAAAAUAAAUUUAAAGAAACUGAACCCCGACAGUUAGUCAGUGUGUCAAAAGUCUGAGUCUUGCUGUAUCACUCAGGCUGAACUACAGCGUCUGUUCACGGGCGCGAACCAAUUACUGAGUGGCACGAGGGCUUUAACCUGCUCCGUUUACCGACCUGGGCCGGUUCACCCUUCCUUAGACAACCUGCUGGUCUCGAGCUCCCCCAGGAUUAGCAUAUCGAUACCGAACUUAGUGCGGACACCCGAUCGACACAGUCCACUGCAGCUCAGAGCUCCUGAACUGAAACGAUCCUCCCAGGGACUUGGAUUACAGGCGCGCGCCACCGCACUCGGUUACAGACAGCACGAGUCUUUGGGUUCAGACUCUGGACGUCCACGGUCACUAUGUUCCGACUGAAUCCACCAUCUAAAGUUUAUAAAAGUCAACAAACGUCAAGAAAAAAACAUCCUAUAUGUAUAGUUGACUCAUUUUUGAUCAAACGAGCCCAAGUCAUGUUAUGAAUCACAUUAUUUGGCUCCCUUAAUAACUUUCGACUUCAUUCACCAUUUCGAUCAUCAUUUUUGUUCGAAACCUGUUCAGACUGUUGACUUCCAGAUGUUUCUGAGCUCCUCGAGUUCAAUGUCCAAAGACUUCAAAUCUGUUUCCUACUAUUUGAGGAUUAUCAACACAUUUGUCAAAAUGCUUUUGCCAUUUCAGUUGGAUUGUUAAUAUUUUUCUCCAACUACAGUUUGCAGAUGAGUGUUUUGACAACACAGAGAAUAUUUUCGUCUUUCUAUAGUCCUCUUUCUACUGAAGUGAAGAAGAUAUUUUGGCUCACAGCUAAUGUGAUAUUUUGAUUUGUUGAAGUUCAAAAUUAGAUAUCUUUAUGGCCUUUUUGGUGCGUUAUAAUAGGCUAUGGAAAAUAACAAUGAUCAACUUAUAGAGUUUUUCAAAACAGGGUUACAAGUGCUUUACAGAUGUAGCUACUGCUCUAAAAUAUUGAUAUAAAAGGAAUAUAUGGGCUAUUUUUAGUAGCCUAUAUUUUUUACAAGAAAAUCUACUGACCUCAGAUGUUGUGAAAAACAUAUUUAAAGGUAUGAAAAUUAAAUAUAAGUAAAAAUAUUUAGUGGAAAUUAUAAUUAAACACAAAGUUUCCAGUUUUUGUUGGAUUACCUAUGAGACAUACUAAGAUAUAGUUUUCAAAAAGGGGUAGUUCUGUAAAGAAAUAACAAAGGUUUUUGAUUUAAUUUGCUUUUUAAACUCUUAAACUAGUUGACAGAAAAUAACCUCAACUUUACCUCAAGAGAUAUUUAUAUUCCUUUGAGAUUAAGAAGCUAAUGAGUGGAUAGGAUGCAGGGGAUCACUAAAAGGAUCAUGUGUAACUGUUUACUGGAUAUUUAAUUUAACCCGGUUUCAGCUGUGUUAAUUCAGUUAGGUGGAGUGUCCAAACGCGUGCCAAAUGCGCUCAUCAGAUAAAAUAUAGAUCAGAAUAUACCGAUAUAGAUUUAAAUGUAUGUGCUGAUUCAGAAUAUUGGUUGUUAAUGAUUAUUUAUUGCACUGUAAUGUGCCUGACACUGUGGAAACCUGCCGGUGAGGCAUCGGUGACGUAUGAGUAAUACGCCGCCAGUCUGACAAAAUACCACUAGACCAGCUGCGCUCCGCCUAUGCUGAAAGCUGACCAGUUUUGAAUCGGCGAGCUUUCAGCGUACUCUUCACGCCACCAGCGAGCACAAAAAUGUCACUGCGCCAGCUGAUUCUGUAGACACCUCCCCCUGCCGCACAUCCACGCCCAGCUUGGCGGACCUCUGUGCACCUCAGUCCAUUUAAAAAAAAAAAACAGGCUGUACGCCAGGCUGUACACCAGACGAAAAUACAACUGCGUGGGGUCCGCCACCAUCCGCUGCGUUACCGGCAGACACGAAAGUAGAGCCCAUGAUGCUAAAAGAAAACACCAUUUACAGUGUGCAACUAUAUUUAAUUUACAGGAGUGUGAAAAACAUGCACCCUAAUUUAAAGCAGUGAGGGAAUGACAUUGUGUAAGUGUGUGCACAUGUCUUGAGAAAGUGUCGGUCUCAUUUAUGAGUGAUGAACGUGCUGACUGACUGCAUGCCUCACUGUAUGUCUUUGACAUUUUAUUUUUGUCCAAAGAGGGUUGUCUUUGUAAACUCAUGGGAAAAUCCAAGUGGCAGAAACAUACCUGACACGGUAUGUGGACAAUCUGUCUUACACACAUCACAGUCAUUCCUCCACAGUCCAAGACCUCCUGCACGGAUGCGAACACUCUUCUAUAGAGGGUUACUUUGUGAAGGUCAGCUUUGGACUGAAACCAGACAAGAAAACUAGCAGAGUGGGGAUGAGCCCACCAAAUCAAGUGGUUCUUACAACAGAGACCAAGAGGAACGCGGGAGACUAAAAAAGCUGAUUCACACAAAUACUGUGGCCCCUGUUCACAAAACUUUGAUAUUUGAAGUUUUCACCUGGAAAUUUAAUGCUCAUUUCUUUAUACCCUUUUUCUCCUGUUGUGAACCAUAAAGUGAUGAAUCAUGAAAUCAACCAGACAAUCAAGCCAUGCUGGAAGUUACCCAGAUGCAGUCAUUGAAAACUAGUCAAGAUGUGUUGCUAGUUACAUGACAUAUUCAAGGUCAGAAAAAUGACUGGCUCUUUUAGCGUGUAGUCACUGCGAGGAGGUUCCAUGUUGCAUGGUUUCGGUCAAUGCCUUUGGAUGAAAGUGGUAUUGCUGUAGCGAUUUGAAUUUAUAAUAAAUGUCUGAAGAUUAAUAAUCUCAAAUUAUGACAUUUAUGCACUCGUUGAAAAGGGCACCACCCACCCUUAAUGGUGGGAAAAUAAAGAAAAACUAAAGUUUAAUUGAGAAAUCAAACAUCAAGUCAAUCUUUAAUUAAUCAAUCUCAUAUCUUAAGCCGAAAUUCUCAUUUCAGGAACUCCACUUCCGGAAGAACCCUAACAGACAGGAGCUUAGAAAAAUAAUGAUCUGUUUAUUACAGGAUAAAUGAUGGUACAACAUACAUGCAAUAAAUGAUGAUAAGAAAAUGAGGAUAAAUAAUAAUAAUAAAGAUAAAAAUAAAGAUUCUGAGUCAGGCUAGGAGCACUAAAGUUAAUGAUAGUGAGUGAAUAUGCGCUAACAUAUUAACCUACACUAACUUUGGUGUAGAGAUAAAUUUGGAUGUGGAUUUGGAGGAAUCUAAGAUUACCAGAAUAAGUGGUUAUCUGGGUUACGACCGCAUGAGACAGCAUCAGCCCUCUUUGGAGCUCUGGAGGUUUGCAUACUUAAGUGAGACUGGUCCUUGGAGAAGAUAGAGCAGGUUCCAAAGGUCCGGGGCUACCGGCAGUUCGAGCGGUUCGGCUCAGAAGACGACUGAAGUAAGCCGAAGGAUGGGCCAGGAGUUGCAGCACUCAGGCCUGAAGCAAAGCCGGCGCCUGUGGAUCCCGUCGAUGCUCGUUUGGAAGCUUCUUUGGUCUCACUCAAAAACUCUGGCACAGAGGAUUACCUGGGCCUGCUGGGUUGUGUUCAGAGGUGACUUUGAAAUCACGCAGAUAACUCAGAAAAACGAGGCUCAAUGACCAGUGGAAACUUUCAAAAAUGGCUUCGCAAAAUUAAAGAAAAAUCAAUCAAAGGCUUAAUCUUGAAUUGCUAUGCGCACAAAAAGUUGAAGUUUCAAAACUUGAACUAAGACAAUGUUAAAGAAAAAUCAACGUGAGUCAACACGUGGCGUAAAACUUAGAAGACUAAGAAAAAGAGCUAAGAGAAUAGAAAGAAGAGGAACGCAGAAGGGUGUGGACAGUGAGUGAAGAAGCGGGUGUAAGAGAAUAAGGGUACAAGAGUAAGGGCCUGUGAGCAACCCCAAUUUCUGGUUUUAUCUUCUCACACUGGGAGUGUCUCUGGCGUGUGUGUGUGUGAGGAGAAAGAGGAGGGGUCAUGGGAUCUCCAGCUGCAGAGGAGACCUCGGAUCUCUGAUUAUUUGAUCUAACUUAUACUUUUGGCUGGUAAAAGAGUCAGAUCUGAUACUCACUUACUAUGAUUAAUAUCAUUGAAUGCUUGGCUUCAUGAAAAAGAUUUGAUACUAAACACAUAUUAAAGGGGACCUGCCAUCAAAAUGUAAUUUUGUGUGUUUUUUGUGUCAGAUAAGGUCCAUAUUAUGCUCGUCUUAUGUUGUAAAUGUGAAAACAAACCGUUGCGUCGUUUGCAUUCUGUAAAGGUUUAAAAUAAAGGAACGGGUAAACCAGGCCAAUUGAAAAAGCAGGUCCCUCUGACGUCGCGCUGACCUUGCUCAUUAUUAUUCACGAGCGCGUCCUUGGUGAGCUGCGCCCACUCUCUCGUUCUCGUACUCAUUCACAGUCAGAGCGAGACCCACCUACUACUGUAUCCGCUAUGGGUCUCUUCCAAACGAUCAGUGUUUCCUUGGGUUCACUGCCGGGAAAAUGAACUUAAAGCUGGGCAGAAUGAAUGAGAAAACACCGCUGGAAAUCUCUGGCUUCUUCUUCAACUUCCACCUCCUCUUCGGACUCGGGGUCUAAAAUAUAUGGUUUAAUACCUGCCAUUUUUAGCCUUUAGCAUAAGGUGACCAGACGUCCCCGAUUUCCGGGGACAGUCCCCGUAUUGGAUGACCUGUCCCCGGCAAACGCUGUCCCCGAAAAUGUCCCCGAUUUAAGCGUUUCAUGAAUGAGAGCAAAAAUGUUGCAUGUGGGCUCAAACAACGGUUACUACAGUAGCCGAAUAGGUAGGAGGCACAAGUAAGCAGUCCUGAACAACAGUUUUUACGGGGGUUAUUACAAGGGGCAUGCGCUGCUACUAAAUAGUACCAAGACUUUGUCUGUGAUCACACAGCCCCUGCAGCCCCUGCAGCCCCUGCAUCUCCGUCGCCGCACCGAAUAUCCCCGGAUAUCAUUACAGACAUCUGGGGCCCUUACCUUAGCACACAUUAGCAAAAUGGAUAAACCGAAAUCCGAACCUCCACUGCUGAGCCAAUCAGAGCACAGCAGACUUCACAGCAGCGAUCCAAUCAGAGCAAAGCUCAGCUGUAAGGUUUUUUAGGCAUACUAAAACAAACCAUCAAAUAACUUUUCAGCUAAAAUUAUGUUGCAAACAUGAUCAGAAGACAUCAAGGAUUAUGAAAAAAUGAUAAAAAUGGGUAUGAAAUUUUGAUGGCAGGUCCUCUUUAAUGAAAUGUAGAAUCACAUCAAACAUUCUCAUUAUGUUUGAAGUACCACACUGAACAUGCUAAAUUACUCUGAAAUGAAACAGAUAGUAACACAUAGAAACUGUGAACAACAAAAGAGUAAAUACAUGUGAAUGAACUUCAUCAUGAUUAAUAAUGGAUUCUAAAUACUCACAUUCAGAUUAUUCAAUGACAUUAUAACCACCUAAUGGUUAAAAAUACUAAAUAAACAACUAAAACAUAAACCAAACAUUUCUAAACUGUUUCUGUUACUUAGAGUAAAGUUAUGAUUCAUAGUCAAUAAAUUUAACUCUUAAAAGUUCAUGAAACAGUCUGAAAAGCUGUUGGUUUAAAGAAACUAAAGAAUAAGGAUUUAUUCUGUCAGAGUGAUAACUCGGCUUCUGGAGCACAUAGAAAAAUGGGAAACAUCUCAUUUUAAAACAAAUUUCAUGAUUAGACAGAUUAGUACAUUGCUGAAUGCAUAAGAUGUCAUGAUCAGUCAUUUGUAUUCUUUCACCAAAGGAAUGUAGUCUUUAUCAGUGUAUGGUCGAGCAGGGUUUUACGACUGAGGUCUGGAGGUCAGUGUCCUGUUCCUCAGACCAUAUCUUGGGGUCUGUAUGUUCACACACUUUAAGACGGUAAAUCUCAAAUGGGAGAUCUGGGUUGAGGCGUUAAUGUUUAUUUAGAUGGUCAGCGAUGGAGUCAGUUUGAAAGGUAAUAAAGACUCUGUCUCUGUUCUCCGAAUUGACCAAUCGUGAAGAUUCAGAGGUUUAGUCAUCCUCCGGUCAGGUCAGUUAGGUAACCUGAAAGUGCAAACAAGUCUGGAAAGAUUUAUAUCCUGUGUCCAGGGACCAGAUAAGAAAACUUUCCUGCGAGGAAUGUGUGAGUUUCACACCCAGGGUUGUCUUGAUUGCUACAUUGCUUUAAGUAUAAUUUUUCAUAAUAAACUUUUUGUAGGAUGCAGAGUGAUGAAUGAAUGCAUUGAUCUCAAGCUGCAGGAAAUUCAACAGUGUAAUGUACAAUACACUACAAGAACUGUAUUUAUCCCCAAAGUUAAAUUCAUUAACUCUGUCAACUAUAAAUGUAAUGCUCAUAUUCAUUUUUGUUGUCACAUGGGUUUAAAGCUGCUUUCUUUCUCAACUCUUUCCCCUCUAAGUCCAGGAUACUGACCCAGUCACAGUCCUUUAUUUAAAUAUGGGGUGGGUUAUAGUCACACUUAUGGAAGAUGCAGUCAUUUUGUGAGUUUUGGACAUAGUAACAUAAAACUUUCUUGGUACAUUCUCCACCCAGACCAUUGAAAACAGUAUGGGGCUAUACACAUAAGCUGGGUUCACAAAUGGAGCUGAUUUUAUCCUGUGAAGAUGAACAUUAAUGUGUGUUGGAUCAGACCAUUCCUCAAUUUUUUUGAAAUGUAAAAUGUUAUAUUGUCUGUAAAAAAAGGCAUUAUAAAUUUUCAAUAUUAUUUUGAGCAAAUAGUCAACAUGCAGUUUUCAAAAUCUUCAUCUCAAAUAAACGUUAAAGCACUGUAACUUGACCACAGUGUGCAGAAACAUUCAAACGCACUCAUUAAACAAUACCACUGUCUAAGAGGUAUCAAAUACCAGCUCAUUGUAGGAGGGAGAUCUCUUUGUGAGAUCAAACUGUUAAAAUUAGAAAGGUGGAAAAUAAAACAUGACCUAGAAAUGAAUGGUUUUUUUUUAAAUGUCUGCUCAAAGGAGGCACAAUGUGAGGAGGUCGCUGUAUGUACGACACAGGCAACAUGUAUGAAACUGUGUAUGUUUGCUCCACAGGAGUGAAUCACAGCA